AGCGCUUCUCAGAGGCUUCACGGGAUAUUCAUGCAACAUCUGAGGCGGAACAAGCUGACAACACGUCCUGUCAGGCUGUCAAACCAGUCCACGACUAUGUUUGACGAGUGCGUUUGCGCCCCAAACCAGUAACAAAACUUAUCUAGACUAGGACUGUCACCUCCGUUUAGUUUACAACAGCAUGUCUUUGCACUAGUGUUUUGCUGUAGUUCGAGCUCAUGCCCCUAAAGCCGUGCCAAUGCCGAGGAAUGGAGACUAGCAGUGUAUCUGGUAAAGUUGGAAAGAUGGUCACAAGUGAUGAGGAGCAUUUGCAGUGCAGUAACGCAGGAAUGGACGCGCUUCACCAAUGUGAACUGAUCCAGAGACUGAUCGAGAUCUCCAUCUCUAGUCUGAAGGGGCUCCGGACCAAAUGCGCCGCUUCAAACGACCUGACCCAACACGAAAUACGUGCUUUAGAGGAGAAGCUGGUGAAGUACAUCAGUAAGCAGCUGGACUGGAAGCGCAGUGUUGCAGAGAGAGAUCGACCGCUGGCGCUGGACUCGUACCCAAACCUCACAGACUGGCUCUACACCAUCAACCUCCGGCCAGAGAUUAUAGAGGCAGUCCCUGUGAAGCUCUCUCUGGAUGCCCUGCUGCAGAUGUCCAGUGGCCAGGUGGAAGAGAACAUGAAGAGACUGGGCUCCAGCAGUGAAGAGUGUUCCCGUAUCACGGCUGCCCUCUCCUGCCUCAAGAGCGCUACUGACACAGGUGUGGGACUUAAAAAAGAGGGCAUCCCGUGGAUAGCAGACCCCACUGAGCACGACAGCACCUCUGCUGACCCUCUUUCCUGUUCAAUGCGUGCUACGUCUUACGGUCUCAAGCCCACCAGCUGGCCUUCUCCAUCAGCUUUACCCCGGCUUCGCUCCUGUGUGUCCGUUUCCACUCUCCCUCCCUCAGAUUUCCCAGUGGUUGUCUACACCCGCUGUGAUGGGCUGACAGACCCCUUCUCAUCCUCCCCACAGCUUAACUGCAAUGUCUCAGGGUUGCUGUCCACUCCUCCAGUCACCCCACCACCCAAAAGAUACGGCAAGCUCAAACCUUCACGAACUCCUCCACCUCCAUCCCGCAAGCUGCUAAACCUCCUGCCCAGCAUCACACUCACCCGCAGCAAGAGCCAGAGCCAGCUGGCCAACCGCAUCGACGACCUGACACCCAACAAGAGUGGGAAGAAGAACAAGCCUCUCCUAAACGUGCAGGUGAACGGUGGAGCAAACGGAUGGGAGGAUUCACCAUCUCGAUCACCGCUGCUGUCUGCCCGCUCGCCCUGUCUCCCACCAAACACACCCAGCCACUUGACAGACCCUGCAGCUCUCAGAAAUAAUGUUACGACUCACGGAAGCUCUCCGCUAGUCAUGAGAAAAGACAUCGGCCUGGAUGUCACACACAGGUUUUCCACCAAGUCGUGGUUGUCUCAGACGUGUCAGGUGUGCAAGAAGAACAUGAUGUUUGGUGUUAAAUGCAAACAUUGCAAGGUGAAGUGCCACAACAAAUGUACCAAAGAAGCCCCUAAGUGCAGGAUUUCAUUUGCACAAUUCCCAAAUAAGAUCAGAAGAACAGAGUCUGUACCGUCAGGCAUCAACAACCAGGUUGAGCGACCGGCAGAAUCUCAGCAGUACGGGACAUUACCAAAGGCCAUAAACAAGAAGGAUCACCCUCCAUCACUGAGUCACCUGGACUCCAGUAGUAACCCAUCCUCCACCACCUCCUCUACCCCCUCCUCACCCGCUCCCUUUGGCCAGAGCAACCCCCUGAGUGCCACCCCUCCACCAAACCCCUCGCCCAAGGGCUCAGCUGACAGCCGCUUUCACUUCCCAGCUGCCUGCUACUUUCAGCAUAGACAACAGUUUGUCUUCCCUGAUGUAUCUAGUUCCUCACAUUCAGAGGGCGGUUACACUGGAGAAUCAGACCAGUUGGAUGGUGUUGCAAGCCAAUCGUCAUCAGGCCACAGGGAAGAUGUGGAUGACGAUCAGCAAGGAGACGACGCUCAGGAUCAGGAAGGAUCAGAGGAAGAAUCUGAAGACGAUGAAGUGGAUGAUCUGCCCAAAUACAGCGGCCAUUUUAAGGACUACAUCAGCCGCAAAGCCAGCCAGACCAGUGUGGACCUGCGUGAAUGGGACGUGCCUUUCGAGCAGCUGGAGCUUGGCGAGCUGAUAGGUAAAGGCCGCUGGGGGAAGGUGUGCAGGGGCCGCUGGCAUGGAGAGGUGGCCGUCCGAUUAUUAGAAAUUGACGGUAACAACCAGGAGCAUCUGAAACUGUUCAAGAAGGAGGUGAUGAACUACCGGCAGACACGACAUGAGAAUGUUGUGCUGUUUAUGGGGGCCUGCAUGCACCCACCUCAUCUGGCCAUUAUCACCAGCUUUUGUAAAGGACGGACGCUCUACUCAGUCGUCAGAGACUCUAAACUUGACAUCAACAAAAUUAGACAAAUUGCUCAGGAAAUCGUAAAGGGAAUGGGUUACCUCCAUGCAAAGGGAAUCGUACACAAAGACUUAAAGUCCAAGAAUGUCUUUUACGAUUCAAACAAAGUAGUCAUCACAGAUUUUGGCCUGUUUGGGAUGUCUGGAGUGGUUCAAGAGGACAGGAGAGAAAAUGAGCUGAAGCUGCCACGAGGAUGGAUCUAUUACUUGGCUCCAGAGAUUGUGCGAAAGAUUGGACCAGGAAACCAAGAAGACUGUCUGCCCUUUUCAAAAGCUGCUGAUGUUUACGCCUUUGGCACUAUCUGGUAUGAACUCCAGGCCAAAGCCUGGCCAAUCAUCAACCAGCCGACUCAAGUGUUGAUCUAUCAGCUGGGAAGUGGAGAAGGAAUCAGAUCUUUAUUGACUACUAAGGGUACUAGCUUGGGCAAGGAGGUCACGGAGAUCCUGUCAGCCUGCUGGUGUUUUAAAGCUGAGGACAGACCAACAUUCACUCAGCUGUCAGACUUGCUGGAGAAGCUGCCAAAGCUCAACCGCAGACUCUCGCACCCGGGCCACUUCUGGAAGUCUGAGGACGUAUGGCAUCACCACUGUCUACGUGAGCACUGCAGUCCAGGCCUCCGCUCUCGUUGUCCAUACGUCUACAAAUAUGACAGUUUAUCCCCAGCUGCUGAAGGCAUUAGCAUGACUGCUGCGUUCAAAGAAAGCCACUGAGGCUAAAUAGUAGUUUUAUCCAGAUGUCUGCUUCUAUUCCAUGUAUUUACUAUAGAUCAAGGGUGUCCAAAUUCAGUCCUGGAGGGCCGGUUUCCUGCUUAGUUUAGCUAUAGCUUCCUUCAACACACCUCCCUGGAAGUUUCUAGUACACCUAAGAGCUUGAUUGGCUAAUUCAAGUGUGUUGAAUUGCGGUUGGAACUAAAUUAUGCAGGACACCGGCCCUCCUGGACUGAGUUUGGAAACCCCUACUAUAGAUGGAGUGUGUUUUGCCGUGUUCAUCUUUGUGUUGCUCUUUUAGCCCAAAGUAUAUUUUAGUUUAUCAUCAUCAAGACUGUUCAGCCAAAUUGUAUGCACUUUUUCAAUUUGUGUGCCCUAAUUAGUUUGUCCACAAGGUGGAAACACUGGUCCUAGCUGUUGUUUAACAUCCGGAAAAAGACUACAAACUACUUUUUAGUUACAUUAGUAGACAUAGUGUAAUUUUUUUACAAGCAGUAAAUAAUUGUUUGAUUUCAAAGCUUGUUUUAUUGCGUUUAACCACACUCAUCGUUGAUAUUAUGAUAUUUAAUAUAUGAUAUUAAAAGUUUAAAUUGUAACCUGCGCUCUUGUCAAAAUUUGAACCCAAGAAGACAACAAGAGGACAUUUUAUGUAGUCUGUAUUGGCCCCCUUCAGUAUUUGCUUUGUUUUAUCUUCAGUUGAUGUCAUAAUGUUUUAAUGUCGGAGCUACAACAGGAUUAAACAAAAUUAUACACAGUGUUGGAAUAUCGAGCCAAUAUCGAGCGUGUUCAAUAAAAAAAGGUCAGGAAAGGGGUUUUCUUUACUGCCAAAUAGAUUAGUAAUUUACUAGAUACAAAUGAAUAAUUCGAUGACAGAACUCUGGGUUACAUUACCCCAAUGCAAUACUAAAAAAUGACAUUCAGGAGGUUUGCAACUAACUUAAAUUUCCAUGACUCCAGCAUAUAUACACAACUGGUAUUAACAGAUGGAGAUUUGGUGUAACGUCACUUAUCAGUCAUUCUGUAGUCCUUUGGCUCUUGUACACCAAACAUACUUUCUCUUUCUGCAACCCUUCUCUGUAUACCAGAACUGAACAGUUAAGUGUAUCUUUAAUGUAUUUCACAACUUCUAUAAGCAUCCAGCUCCUUGUGACAUGCCUAGACUUCUUUUUAGACAGCAGUCUGGAGGAAAGGUCCCCGCACUAUAUUUAUUCUUAUUUUGCUAUUUCCCUCUUGUCAGCAGUUACUUCUAAGAAGUUUGCAACAGAGUAAGAAAGAAGUAUGCUUGCUCAAUACAUUGUACAAAAGAAAAAGAUUGAUUAAUCUGUUGUUAGUCUAAACAUUCUUCUUAUAAAAAAUAAAGACACAAAAGUAAUAAAAAUUAAUACCCUUUUCCCCAUAGCAGACACUGGACAGGGAUUUAUUAUUAUUAUUAUUAUUUGUAGUUUACUGUUUUCAACUGAGUAUAAAUCAUUUUUUUUGCUUGUCAUAAAUUACAGUAUAGGGAGGAAAAAACAGGAUGAAUCUUUCUGAUUUGAUUUUGUGAUUUUUGGAUUUUUGAGUGUUUGUGCAUACACUAUUAAUCCUGUACUUUAAAAGACUGUGUGUUCAACAACAAAAAACAAAUGAAGUAUACUUUGGGCUUAAGGCAUUACUUGGAAAUGAUUAGUAAUCCCAUUUUUGGCUUCUUUCGGGAUUUAAAAAUUGUUCCUGUUAUAACACUCUAGCCAAGCCGAUUUAGCUAAUCUUUGUAAACGCAAAUCAUAAAUCUAAGGAUUUCAAGACAUUUGACCUUAUAGACUUUACUGAAUUGCUUCAGUUUACCCUGUGUGUGCCAUCACAUGAUUUGAAUAUUAAAAUACCUAAUGGUUUUGCAUUCCACACCAUUAAUUUUCCAUUUUUCACACUUAUAGGAUUUAUAGGAUUUAAAUCAGGGGUGCUCAAACUUUUAUCUUAUGACGGGCCAAAAAACAAACUUGAUUGAAGUUGGCGAGCCAAAGUUAAAUAAACUAAACUGUAUUACAUUCAAGUUUCCAUGGUAAAUUAUUAAUUUAUUAAUAUUUAAAAUUUAAACUAAAUAAACUUCUUACAAUAAAAACAUAAACUAAAAAUCAUUUAGAACAAUGUCUUGGGCUUUGUCCGAUAUCCAUCAAAUCCAUCAAACAGCAAUUACAUUUUAGCAAUAAAAAAAUCUGAUUGAUUCAGAACAUUUAACUGAAACAUUUAAUUUUAGUUAGCUUUUUUGUAGCUCGAAAAUUAAACAAACAAGCAAAAAGUUAUGUUAAAUUAGUAUUAGCAAUCUGUUUUGCCUCAACCUUUCCCAUCAUUCUCUCUCCCUUCUCAGAGGCAGUGGCAGGCCAAAUCAAAGGUUACCAUGGGCCAACUUUGGCCCGCGGGCCCUAGUUUGAGCAUUGCUGAUUUAAAUGAAUAAUAAUUUACCAGAUGCUAUAUUCGGUUCUCCUGAGCCCUGCGAGAGCCUCAAAAAUAAGAAAUUGACGAGGUGUUUGUAAUAUAUUUUAAAGAAUGAAGUAUAUUUUGACCCAGCAGGAUUACGUUCAGGAUCUUCUGAUGACUAAUACCUCUUGUUUAUGUGUAAGUGUGUGCGUGUGAGCGAUUGCACGCAGAGUUUUGGGUGAUUUAUUUUUGAUGUUAUGGUAAAUAAGAGAAUGUUUAAGCUACGGUGACUGUUCCCUUUAUCUGCAACUUUAAAAAAAUGUUUAAUUUAUUGUACAGCUAAGACUCUUAUAUUAUUUGUACAAAAUUUUGUAUGUUUCCAUCGCAAUAUUUUGGAAAAAGGUACUUUACUCUUUUUGUACAGCUCUUUAUAUACAGAAUGACUCAAACAUAAAAAUUUACACCUUUAGAAUGAGGAUUUAAUGUUAUGUAAUUAUGAAUUAAUAUUUUGUAAAGCUUGUGUGUCUGUAAGCACAUUGUAAUUUUAUCCUGGCAGAAAUAAUAAACAAAUGAAACAUUUUUUUUUUCUUCCACUUCA